AGCACCGCCGUCCUGCUGCCACUCUGGUAGUCAACCUCGCAGUCUCCGCCGCCGGACUUCUUGCUGUUGAAGUACUUCAGCAACUUCAUUUGGAUUUUGGGGAAGUUGUUUUCCUCCAGCUCGACGAGCAGCGGAUCUAUUUAGGAGCCAUGGCCGGUAAUAGGAUUUUCCCUCUUCAAGGGUCAUCUGUUGACAUUGUGAGGCAAUGUGGACCGGCCCUGGUCGACAUCCUCCACAGCAAAUUCGGAUGCAUAGCCAUCAUUGAGGGGAUGGCUUCCGUAAGUGUUCCGACCCUUGUGCAGCAGAAAACCGUUGUGGCGGAGAAGAGGUUUGAGGGCAGGCUGAGUGCAGGCAUCAAGUUAUCUGUGUGGAAGGCCGAUCUUACAAAUGUCGACGUGGAUGCUGUCGUGAAUGCUGCCAACAUGCAGCUUCAACACAUGGCCGGCCUCGCUCGAGCUCUGUGCAACAAGGGGGGUCCGCAGAUCCAACAGGACAGCAACGAUUACAUCAAACGGAACGGGGAUCUGAAAACAGGAGAUGCAAUUGUCUCUGCUGCAGGCCUCCUACCAUGUAGCAAGAUAAUUCAUGCUGUGGGCCCUUCCUUACCAGCACACCCAUCAUGGUAUGACAUUUCACAGGCAAAACCGCUGUUGCAGAAGGCCAUCAGGAGCAUUCUGGAUAGAGUUAAAGAAUUCCGCCUGAAGACUGUCGCCAUUCCUGCUAUAAGCUCAGGACUGUUCAACUUCCCCCUGCCACUCUGUGCGGACACCAUAGUGUCAACUGUGAUAGAGUACUAUGAGAAGUCCUCUACACAAUAUCUUCCGGAUGAGAUCCUCCUUGUGAACCACGACGACCCUUCGGUAAAGGAAAUGGAAAGGGCCUGUCGUGAGCAACUUUCCCAGAAAACGAACAGCCUGAACAGCAAGGGAGCAGGAGCAGGAGCAGGAAAGGGAGCAGGAAAGGGAGCAGGAGCAGGAAAGGGAGCAGGAGCAGGAGCGGCAAAAAGCUCCUCUCAUACAGUCCAGUUUGGAAAUAUCCAACUGACACUGAAGAGGGGUCUAAUUGAGGAGCAGGAGACGGACGUCAUCGUAAACACUGCAUCAUCAAACAGAAACGUGAGAUACGGUGAGGUCACCAGAGCUUUAUUGAAGAAAGCAGGACAUGAAAUGCAAAGAGACCUGAGGAGCGCCACACCAAAAGGAAAAGUGCUGGUCACAAAAGGCUACUCCCUGAAAUGUAAAGAGGUGUUUCACACUUUUGACGUUGAAGCACGGGAGGUCCUUUUCAAGUCAGUCCUGGAUUGCCUAUGUAUCGCAGUCUCAAAAAAGCACCGGUCAAUUGCCUUCCCCGCCAUCGGCACAGGAGGCAACAGCCUUAGUAAAACACAAGUCGCUGAUGUCAUGACUGAAGCAGUGAAGGAGUUUGUCAAGAAGUCCCAGCAAACCUUGGAAGUUCACUUUGUCAUAUUUCCAUCAGAAGAAGAGACAUAUAAGGCUUUUGAGACAGCGAUGAGAUCUUUCCAGCAAAAAGCACCUGAUCCCGGAUUUACACAGGCAUCGGAGCAAAGAGAUCACUCCCUUUUCAGCAAACCCGCUGCUGCUCCACAGAUCAGCCUGCAUGGCAGUGCUGAGUCGAUGCUCGAGGCUGAUCGAUGGCUCUGGUGCCUGUUCCAAUUCUCUGACACCGUCACCAUCCGUAACAACUUCAUUCUUUGCUUUGGCGAGGAGGAACAUCUGCAGCUGACCCAUCUGUCGACCAAAAAGACCAUCAACUUCAAGGAGACCUUUGACAAAGGUCAUGCAGACAUAACGGUGAAGGGGGAUUCACGGGAGGAAAUUGUCGUGGCCGCCCUGCAGGUGGAGGUCAUGCUCUGCAACAUCCAGGGAGAAUUUGUCAAAAAGGAAGAGCUCGCCAUUCUUCCGUCAUCCACCAAGAAGGUGACCUUUGAAAGAACGCCUGUUGAUAUUCACAACGAUUUGUUCUCAGAAAGAGGAUCUAUUCUCACGAAGGAGGGGCUGCGCAUGUUGAAGUUGGAGAAGGUGGAGAACCCGACGCUGAGGAAGACAUUUGACACAAAGAAACAACAGCUACGAUGUUCCUCUCGGCGAAACAUGUUUCAGCUUAUACCUUCACAGUUCUGCGAGAUGGUCAGCCACAUUGGAUUCCAUGCAGAGUACGCACCACCUGCAGACCCAGCUUAUGGAGAGGGUAUCUACUUUGCUGGCACAGUGAGGAAAGCCCUGGAAGUGUGGAAGGAGCGCAAUGAGGCAUACUUGUACCUUGUUGAGGCCGAGGUCCUGACAGGAAACUCCACCCCUGGCAGACCAGGUCUGAUUCUACCAGAUGUGGGGACACACCCACAAAUAUUCAACAGUGUGAGUGGAGGACCUGACCUCUCUGUCAUAUUCAGUGGUUACCAGGCUCUGCCCAAGUACAUCAUUACUUGUACGGUGGACUAAGGAGCCAUUUCUCCACCCAUUCCUCAGAGUGUAACGUGGGCCGUGAUACUAUUACACAUUAAAGACUGAGUCACGUGUUAAUCUAAACCUGAAGUUCCCUCCUAAUGCAUGUUAACACUGUGAGAAAUGAAUGAAUCAAUUUGCAUUUGCCUUUAAAACUAUAUAAACAAGAGCAGUACCACAUCACAGAGGAAUCACAGAGGAUUUGUCAAUCAUGAAGCUUAACUGCAGCUUAAAAGUUAGAAGUUUUGACUGUUUAAUUCUUUUCAAUUCAAAUUUGUGUCUUUUUGUGUGAUUUUAGUUAUAUUGCUAUAACCCACAAUUAUCUUUAAAACAAUCACGGAUGCAAUGUUUCAUGGCAGAACUAUCGUACUCAAAUCAGCACUUAUAACAUAUAUGCAAAAAUCCUACUAAUGAUUAUAUGCAUAGGACUUUGAUUAUAGAAACACUGUUAUCUCAAAGUGUAAGGAUGUACUUUUUUUUUCUUAUUACAAACAAAAAUGUAACCUUAUUGUAAAAUGCUUGCGGACCAAUGGCAGUGACUUUCAAAAUCUCCAGAAGGAAAUUAACAGUAUUUGGAUGGACCCCUGAGGGGAGAUGAUGUACUGCCUGACACUGGUUUCCAAUUAAAUAAAAUUAAAAAAAUGUA